AUGGAGCAGAAAAAGUCUUUCUUUCAGUUCUGCUUCCUUGCAAUAAUCCUGAUUAGCUUAUCAUAUCUCUGCAAAAACAAGGUUUCAGCAUCAUCAUCAUGCAAUGGUUCAAUAAUAGGAGAGUGCAAUGAAGAGUAUGAGUUGUUGAUGGAAUCAGAAAUCAGUAGAAGGUUUCUUGAACAGGAGAAAUCCAUCUCAUAUAAAGCCCUAGACAGAGACAAACAAGCAUGCAGUGGUGAUAAGGGCCAAUCUUAUAGUAGCAGUUGUUUGCCUCCACCCUCCAAUCCUCCAUCUCGUGGUUGUUCUAAACGCUAUCGUUGUAGAUCUUAAUUCGCGAAAUCUUCUCUUUCCUUUCUUUUUUUCCUAUCAAUUUUACUCAGCAAUGAAAAUGAAUUAUA